GCCUAAUUAAGCCCGUUUCCAUUAUGUUUGAUCGAUCCAUAGUAGAAUAGGUCAACCAACCCAACCUACUGACUUUCCUACACUUCACAACAUCAUUGCGUUGCGUUACAUCGCAGCAUGUAAAAUACUUUCCAAGGCUCUUGUCCACGGCCUCUUUUCCUCUUAAGCGAACCAUGUGGUCGUCAUCUGCGAGCGGCAAGAAGCCCGCGCAAUCUCCGCAGGAGAUGGUCCAAGUCGACCGAUCAGAGUCCGUAUCGCCUUUUUGGAGACCGCCACCACGAGACAACUCUACAACAAAGAGAAACAUCACGUCGCCCACCGGCCAUGGCUCAGGUCUUGUUGUUGGCGCUUCAUAUUCGCAUGCGGAUAUGCUCAAAUUCGACUCUUUAAACCUCUCCAACUCCUCUCGACCACGGACACCUCCUUCUUCCUCCUCAGCUAGAAUCCGAAUUCAAGAAGCUUCCCCCCCGCCGAAGACAACGCCUGGAAAGAAUGGCUCACCUCCCUACAAGAGCUAUAUCAACUUUCUCUCCAAUACCAACGAUGACUGGAAAGCAGACGAGGAUGACAUGCUGGGAUACGAGGAUGAUGAUGGAGAUGACUUUGGUCUGCCGAGUUUGUCGAGUAUGAAGAGAAGAACCCGGCGCAUUGCCACACAGAACAAGACCGAAUCAAGUACAUUAUCACCGACAACAGAGGGGCCUCCUAAUGCUCUCUCGGCGAGACGAUAUUCAAAUAGCGCCGACAUUGCGAUAGAGCGACCUGCACCCACAUACCCCAUGCCCAAAAAGAGUGAGGGGAAGAUUCUCCGGCCUCAGUAUAAAGAGAUCCUAAAAGACCCCGCCAACGCUCUACAUCUCAUCAACUAUCCCACAGUUCCUGCCAAUGCUACCCCUAAGGAAGCCGAUGCCAUAAACUCCCGAAUUACACGUAUUAAUAAGUUCAAGAAGCUGUUACAAGCUUCUACUAUUUCACUGCCUGACUUGAGGUCACUCGCCUGGUCUGGCGUACCACAAGAGGUGCGCGCCAUUACCUGGCAACUCCUCCUCAGCUAUCUUCCUGCGAAUAGUGAGCGCCGGGUCGCCACCUUGGAGAGGAAACGAAAAGAAUACCUGGACGGUGUACGCCAGGCAUUUGAGAGAGGAGGAAACGCCGCAACCACUGCAGCCAACACAGCCCCUGCCGGCCGAACAAGGGGCCUGGACGAGGCCAUCUGGCACCAAAUCAGCAUCGAUGUACCCCGGACAAACCCGCAUAUUGAACUAUACAGUUACGAAGCUACGCAGCGAUCACUUGAGCGCAUUCUGUAUGUGUGGGCUGUACGACAUCCUGCCAGUGGCUACGUGCAGGGUAUUAAUGACCUUGUAACGCCUUUUUGGCAAGUCUUUUUAGGGAUUUACAUUGGAGACCCUGAUAUAGAGUCGGGCAUGGAUCCAGGACAGCUCCCAAAGUCUGUGUUAGACGCUGUCGAGGCCGAUUCUUUCUGGUGUCUGACAAAGCUUCUUGAUGGCAUCCAGGACCACUAUAUCGUGGCGCAACCAGGUAUUCAACGCCAGGUUGCCGCUCUACGUGAUUUAACAGCACGUAUAGACGGCAACUUGUCCAAGCAUUUGGAACAAGAAGGCAUUGAAUUCAUCCAGUUUAGUUUCCGUUGGAUGAACUGUCUCUUGAUGCGUGAAAUCAGCGUCAAAAACACAGUUCGCAUGUGGGACACUUAUUUGGCUGAAGAACAAGGAUUCUCUGAGUUCCAUCUAUAUGUGUGUGCGGCCUUUCUUGUGAAAUGGUCCGAUAAGCUCCUGAGUAUGGACUUUCAGGAGAUCAUGAUGUUCCUCCAAUGCCUUCCCACUAAGGACUGGACGGAGAAGGACAUCGAGCUAUUAUUGAGUGAGGCUUUCAUUUGGCAGUCGCUUUUCAAGGGUUCUGCCGCACACCUAAAAGGCCAACCUGCCCGCGAACCUGUUACGAACCUACAACUGUGAAGAAUUCCGUUGUGUUGUACAGGCUUGAAUGCAUGUCGGAGUGAUUUUCGGAGUUGGUUCAUAAUGGGCGUGGCGUGGCAUGGUGAAGUGCUCUAGGGCAUGGAGUUGUAAGAAUGGGGCAUUGCUACAAUAUAUUGGCAUCGUAAUGAGGAUGGAAAUCAUGACCAGCAUAUUCCUUUUGUACCUUGUUCCUGACUGUAUAAACCUGGCAAAACAUGGGCCUUUAUGACAGGAUUUGGUAUCAUAUUUAUUAUUUAGGGUGGAUUAGCCCAACUUUCUACAGUCGAGAAUUAAGAAUGAGAG